AUGCCUGAACCCAUGUUCCAAUCACCCACCGCUUCCAACCCACUCAUUUCAGCUCCCCUCCUAUUGCGGACUUACCAGGACCAAGAGGGCGAGUGCUCAAGAUGGAGCAUGAGCGCAGCUUCGGAAGAUUCUGACGACGAAAGUGCGCGUCCCAGCUUCUGGCCCGCUAUGCUUCCGACCAUACCUCCUCGCUCACCUCUCCGCUCACGUCUCAAUCGACCAAACAUUCCUCCCGCCUUGACUCCCCGUUUCAACACCGCCACAGCAGAGCCAGAUCUAGGCUAUUACUUUGACCCAGGAUUACCCACUCCCACGACAGCCACCACGACAACUUCGUCCCCCCCCUCUGUCCGCUGCUUGACGACUGAACCAUCAGCAUCGCCAGCCUCAGCUCCAGCAUGCCACACCACCUAUGCCAGCGCAGAUCCAAGCUUCCCUCAGUGGCUCGCAGCCACCAUCGGACAGCAACGCCACCUUCAUUCUCGCCGACUCGCCGCUGCAACAUCUUCUGCAACACGCUUCACCGAGCGAGAUCACCUAGCUUCACCAGUGCCACCGGAAGUUCAUGCUUAUAAGACUUCACACCAAUCUAAAGCACAGCGACACGCUCGGUCAGAAAGCAGCUACGACUACACGGAUUAUCUUGAACAGACGUCGAGUCCAGCGCUGCCGCCACCAUCGUCGUUGUCGUUGUGCAACUCGAGCGGUUGGAGCUGCAUAGCUCGCAGGACUUCCAGGACUUCCAGGACUCCAUGA